AUGAACAGAAUUUUCGGAACAGCCAAAAAAGUGCCACCACCAGAUCUCAACAAUGCCAUAGCCAACGUUGAGUCCAGAAGCGACAGUAUCGACAAGAAAAUCCAGAAGCUCGAUGGAGAUCUCAUGAAACUUCGUGAUCAAAUGUCGAAAAUGCGCGAGGGACCCAGCAAAAAUCUUAUCAAGCAGAAGGCGUUACGAGUAUUGAAACAAAAGCGGAUGUACGAGAAUCAAAAGGGUCAGCUAGACCAACAAUGCUUCAAUAUGGACCAGAGCAAUUUCGCUAUUCAGGGAAUGAAGGAUAAUCAAGUGACUGUCGCUGCGAUGAAGGAAGGAUUGAAGACGAUGCAAAAGGAGUACAAGAAGAUGAACAUUGACAAGAUAGAGGACCUUCAAGACCAAAUGGAAGAUAUGUUGGAUAUGAAUAACGAGAUACAAGAGGCAAUGAGCAGACAAUAUGAUACUCCUGACCUUGACGAGGCUGACCUCGAAGCAGAGCUCGCUAUGCUUGGUGACGAGCUGGACAUUGGAGAAUCCGAUACGAAUUAUUUGGACGAAGCUCUUGCGGCUCCAACUGUUCCAGCGGAAAAGCCGAAGACAAGAGUUGCCGAAGGUCUCGAAGUCGACGAGUUCGGACUUCCCAAGUUGCCAGCGUAA